UUCAGGAGUUUCCGGAUCAAUGUAAGGGAAUUAUUGUAUGCUCAAAAAUCAAAGUAAUUAGUCCUUAAUUUCUGUAUCUGGUUGCUGAUCUUUAUGCAGUUUACUCGAAGAGACUGGUAAACAAUCGGAUUUCUUUGCCAGUUUAGUCAUGAUCUCCACUAAAACGAUGAUGAAGGAUGAGUUCACGAAAGCUAAUGGUUUGGAAUAUGAAGAAGAUUGCGACAUGGAUGUGGAAAAUAACGACGGAUCGAGUGUUGGUGGUACCAAUGAAGCGAAAGAAGAAAGCGAAUCUACUAACAAUGUUGGCGAGGAGGAAAACGAUGAAGGAACGGCAAGCACUUCAGGGAAUAAUUCAUUUCGCACGCAAGUAUUUACUACCCAACGGCACAAACCAAAUCGGGAAGCGAAAAUUCUGGAGACAUCCAUUGCUAAUUUGAAAAAGAAAUUGCAGACACAAAGUCUAGCAAAUUUCUCAGCUUCUACUACUCACUCUCGUUUGAAGAGAGCGCCUUCAGACACAGGAUCAGUGUCAACAGUACGCGGAAUAGGGGAUCUGUCUCAGGUUACCUGUCGUACAGCUUUACGAAUUGCCAACGAAGAAAGUCCAUUAGAAAUUGAAAAUUAUUCGAGGGACAGCAUCGAUGAGGGAAACCAAACGGCUGUUGAAAGAAGUUUGGCUGCUAUGACGAAGUCGAAAUACAGUACCUCAUCAAACAAUCUCUUUAAUGAUGUCGAUGAUGAUGAAGAUAAUGAAGGAUCAAAAAACGACGCAUUUCUGGACAGGAUUUUUGGAGAAGCUGGAACAGAUAACAGUGGUUCAAAGAAUUUCGAUUUUUGUGAUGCCAAUGAAUCAUUUGAAACUUCUUCGAAUCUGGGUGGUUACAUUUCUAGCGAUAUGACAUUGUCUGCGGCAUUACGAAGGAAACGCCAACGGCGAAAUCCCGUAUGGCCGUAUUUUAUUGUGAAGGAUGGAGUGGCAACAUGCAAGCAUUGUAACUACAGUACGAAAUCUGUGUUCAGCACUAAUCUGAAAGUACACCUAAGGACACACCAUCAUGACCUCUUUGAAGAAGUCCUGAAAGCAGAGGAAGAACAACAAGAACAAAUUACUUUCCAAAAUUCUCUCUUGGCUACGUGUGCGACAACAACAGCAGCAACAGCAAAAACACCCUAUAUGCAUCACGUAACGACUACUGCCUUACCGGCAAUUGGAAGGUGUAGCAAUAGUGGUAGUAAUACUGGUAGUAGUAAUGUUAACAAUAGUACACUUUCAAGUACGGGAUCUAAUUUAAAUAGCACUGCGGUGCUAUUGGGAAUACUGAAUCAGACCGGUGGCUUUCAAAGUGGUUCGGUAGUUACUUCCACCAAUACCGCUACCAGUGCUAUCACUGCAAUAAGUAAUAGAACUCGCACACUGCCUACCACACCUCGGAGCAUUUUGAACUUCCCGAAAGCAUUUUCGGAACCGCAGCUUCCAAUGGAUUAUCUAAAAACUACACCAGAUCUCACGAGAAAUUUGCCGGAUUUCCUGAAAGCUAUCUCAGAAGCUUCAGUAAAACCUGCCUCAAACGCACCAUUAAAUCAAACCAAAGCGCUUCUUACUGGUGACAAUGAUAGAUUGAAAACACUCCACAAAAUAUCGCAGAAUUCACCGUCGUCUUAUAAUAUAACUUAUGCAAGUGGCAGGACUGACAAAAUUAUUCCCCCAGUGGGUAGCCAAUCAGCAAUUGUUUUAAAGCGGCGGCGCUUGCGAAGACAUCCUGUAUGGCGGUUUUUUAAGGAUGUUGGUGAUGGCAGCAAAACGGUAAAAUGUGUUAAUUGCCCAUUCAGCACUUCAUCGCCAUUCAGUACAAAUUUGAAAAUGCACCUAAAAGCACACCACAAAAGUGAUUAUCGAUUGAUUUUGAUACUGGAGUCACGACAACGUCUGGAAGAGGGAAUUAGUCCCAUUCCAGAAUCGGUUCAGGCACCUUCAUCUCCCUUGAAAAAAAACAGCAGCGAAGAUGCAAAUAUCAGUAGUACGGAAGAAGAACAAACGGAAGCGAAGAAAAGAUCCCUGAGUACAGGGGCUUUUGAGGACGAAAGUUUUAUAUCUAUGACUAAUACGGAACGUGUUAAAGCAAUGAUCGAGAUGGCAGCAGCAAGUCAAACGCAGUCGACGGACUUACAAUAUCCAAAUGUUGAUUACGCUGCAAUUGGUAGUACAAAUAGAACCGCUAGUUUUGGUUCGGAUGAAACAUCAAACUUAGUCGACACCAAUUUGCUGAUGCGUCUUGGUCUCGCGAAGUCGAACUUAAUAUCAUCAAAACCACCUCUACAGAAUAAAUUUCUAAAUACUCAGUCCAUAGUCAGUGGAAGCGCUAUUCGAAAUCAUCUGGUGAAUGCACACGUUUCAACUGCAUUGGAUACAACGAAAACAAUAAGUAAAAGAUUGCCUACAGGCGAAGUAGUGAAAGUACGCCAAACACGUAAAAGCGUUGAAAAUCCAAUUACUAGCAUAACUGCCACUACCUCUGCUGCAGCAACUGCUACCAUUAAUACCACAAAACCAAUUGUGCCAUCUCGUGACCUAACAGCUACAGGUUUCACCGAUGAACAGUUUAAUGCUGUCAAGUCUGCUAGAGAUAUUGCUCUCGCGAAGUUUUUAAUUAGAGCAAAUGCGUUCCAGUUACUUGAUCUACCUGAAUUUAAGCAAUUUGUGGAUGUAUUGGAUCCCACUUAUCAAAUACCUCAGAGUGAUUAUUUGAAACGAUUGUUGGAAUCUAAAACGGGUGAUCGUGGUCUAUCAUCAGAACAUCUGAAUAUCGUUCAAGAGGAGGGAGAAUAA